CUCAUGGAUUCCAUGCAGGGCCUGCGAAGUCCUGAGACAUAAAAGAUUAAUCCAGCCCAUUGGACCCUGUGGUUCCUCACUUGGGAGUGCGUCGGGGCCGUAGGCCGGAUUGGCCUCUCCCGCAAUGAAUCCCCCGGCGGCAGCCUGUUCUCCGCAUUCGAAGUCGCUUGCUCCGCCAGAACGGACAGAUGGGAGCGCUCCAGAGGCUGAUUCAAGGCAAGGUCCUGUUCCUGACCAUCUGUGCGGCUGGCAUUGGUGGGACUUUUCAAUUUGGCUAUAACCUCUCCAUCAUCAAUGCCCCAACCUUGCACAUACAGGAAUUCACCAAUCAGACGUGGCAGGCGCGUACUGGCCAGCCACUGCCUGACCACCUGGUUCUGCUUGUGUGGUCCCUCAUCGUGUCUCUGUACCCCCUGGGGGGCCUCUUUGGAGCGCUGCUUGCAGGGCCCCUGGCCGUCACGCUGGGAAGGAAGAAGUCCCUCCUGGUGAGCAACGUCUUUGUGGUGGCCGCAGCGAUCCUGUUUGGCUUCAGCCACAGAGCGCGCUCCUUUGAGAUGAUCAUGCUGGGACGGUUGCUUGUGGGAGUCAGUGCAGGUGUGAGCAUGAACAUCCAGCCCAUGUACCUGGGGGAGAGUGCACCCAAGGAGUUCCGAGGAGCCGUGGCCAUGACCUCAGCCAUCUUCACUGCCCUGGGGAUUGUGAUGGGUCAAGUGGUCGGAAUUAGGGAGCUCCUGGGUGGCCCACAGGCCUGGCCCCUGCUGCUGGCCAGCUGCCUGGUGCCUGGGGUGCUCCAGCUGGCCUCCCUGCCCCUGCUCCCUGAGAGCCCGCGCUACCUCCUCAUUGACCGUGGGGACACUGAGGCCUGCCUGGCAGCACUGCAGCGGCUGCGGGGCGCCAAGGACUUGGCAUUGGAGCUGGCAGAGCUGGAGGAGGAGCACACUGCCUGCCAGGGCCUGCGAGCACGGCGCCCCUGGGAGCUGUUCCAGGAUCGCACCCUACGAAGGCAGGUGUUGAGCCUCGUAGUCCUGAGCAGUGCCAUGGAGCUCUGCGGGAACGACUCGGUGUACGCCUAUUCUUCUUCUGUGUUCCGGGAGGCAGGAGUCCCCCAGGAGAAGAUCCAGUAUGCCAUCAUCGGGACCGGGUGCUGCGAGCUGCUCACAGCAUUUGUCAGUUGUAUUGUCAUUGAGAGAGUGGGCCGGCGGGUGCUGCUGGUGGCAGGAUACUGCCUGAUGACCUGCUGGGGGAUCAUCUUCACAGUGGCCCUGUGCCUGCAGAGCUCCUUCCCCUGGAUGCCCUACCUGGCCAUGUCCUGCAUCUAUGCCUUCAUCCUCAGCUUUGGCAUUGGCCCUGCUGGAGUGACAGGGAUCCUGGCCACGGAGCUGUUUGACCAGAUGGCCCGGCCUGCUGCCUACAUGGUCUGCGGGGCGCUCAUGUGGACCAUGCUCUUCUUGGUUGGGCUGGGGUUCCCCUUCCUCAUGGAGGGAUUGUCCUACUUCCUCUAUGUGCCUUUCCUCGUUGUCUGCGUCUGUGGGGCCAUCUACAGUGGCUUCUUCCUCCCUGAAACCAAAGGCAAGACCUUCCUGGAGAUCUCCGAAGAAUUGCACAGACUCAACUUCCCCAAGCGGAGCCAGGGCCCCACGUGGAGGGGCCAUAAGGUCAUCCAGUCCACAGAGCUGUAGCCCCACACUUGUGGCUGGGGCCCAGAUCCAGCUGCUGCUCUGCCCUUUGCUUCCUCUCAUUUACGAGCUCCUGUAUUCAUUCAUUUAAUGAGUGUUCAUUAAAUGAGCACCUACUCUGUGCAGGCAUAGUGCCAGGUGCCUAGCAACAGUGGUGAGUGAGAGAGAUGGGAUUCAGAACCUCUUAAUGUUCCCCAUCUAGAGGCAGUGAACGAACAGGAAACCAAUAAAAACAUAACUACAAACUCAGGGAAAUGCAGUGAAAGAAACAUACAGGUUGUGAAGGGUGUGCAUACCCUGGGGGUGGGGGUGGGGCUGACCUAGUUUGAGAGGGUCAUGGUCAGAAAAGAAUUUUCUGAGGAAUUGGUUUUUAAAAAAUGAACUUUAUUGGCCUUGGCCGGGUAGCUCAGUUGGU